AUGGCCGUCCGAUAGGUGUGGAGGGCAUCCAGGUGCUGGGUACAGGGAACCUGAUGAUCACAGAUGUCGGGGUCCAGCACUCUGGCGUCUACGUCUGCGCUGCCAACAAACCAGGGACCCGUGUACGCAGAACCGCUCAGGGACGUCUGGUGGUCCAAGCCCCAGCAGAGUUUGUGCAGCCUCCCCAGUCCAUCUCCCGGCCUGUGGGCACCACUGCUAUCUUCACCUGCCAGGCGCAGGGCGACCCUGUGCCCCAGCUCACCUGGCUGAAGAACGGGCAGAUCCUGGAGCCUGGAGGGCACGUCAAACUUAGGAACAACAACAC